AUGGCCAUGGGACGACUCGGCCAUACAGCGAAAUUCAAACACAAGAGACUGCUUGGCCAGGAGCAACACAUAUUCUGUGACUGCGCUGGCUUUUGGCCGCCGAAAAUGACCAGGCCAUUGAAUUCCGUAGCCCACAAUCACCAGGACGGCACUUUCCCUAACCCAACUCCCCAAAACCCUCCCUGCCAUCUAGAACCAUAA